UGGACGCGAACAUAAUAAGACGUGUCGACUAGUGCGCCAAAUCUGCCCCAAGCUAGUGCCUUAAAGCUUUUGUGCCGCCUAUCCAUCCCCAAAUAACCACGCUUACGUGGCGUGGUUGUAUAACGACGCCAUGAGUUGGAACAGCCCUGGCUAUGUAUCGUCCGUAUCAAGUGCCAUCGACCAAAGUGCCCCAAUGGAAUACGAAGAGCUAUCCACCAAACGCAAGAACACCAAUGAUAACCACAAUCCACGGCCAGGACCCCCCCCGAUUCUCCGACCUAUUCGACCAACCAUGCAGCGGAGCACCUGUGAUCAUACACCUCACCAGUGAUCCCAAAUCAUUCCUUGAUCUAAGUAUCACCGAAAAAAAGCACUUCAUGCACGCCCUAAUAGACAUCGUAGGGCAAGUCAAAUCAGGAACAAAAUGGACAUACAAAGGGGACCUCAACAUAUAUCCGUCAUCAACAAAACAAAAAAAACAACUCCUAGACUUAAAGGUAGUGAAUAACCUCAACAUAAAUUGCACACUCGCCAUGUCAGAGGCAUCCAUCAGAGGUGUUAUCAGAAAUGUACCCAUCAAAGACAAAGAAGAGGACAUCCUUUCCCUGCUAGCUGACCAAGGAGUAGUUAAAGUCCAGAGAUUCUCGUCCCUAUCAACAGAUGGCAGUAGAAUACCCCUAAAAACUGUCACUCUCUACUUCAACACCCUCCAACUCCCCCGCGAAGUAAUCAUGGCCCAUGAAGUCUUCCCAGUGAAGCAAUUCAUACCAAGACCGGCCUUCUGCCGCAUAUCCUGGAACUUCGGCCACCCCGAAGAAAAAUGUACGGCACCCCCCACCUGCAAACAAUGCGCAGAACAACACUGCAACACUACACCAUGCAACAACCCAACAAAGUGCCCCACAUGUUUUAAACCAGGUCAUUCAUCAGGGACAUUGGAGUGCCCCAAGUACAACAACAGGCAACAGAUCAUUAAAUUUGCCUACGAAAACAGGAUCCCCAUCACAGAAGCUAGCAAAAUCCUGAACAACCCGGAACCCAUGAGACCAACCCAACUACCAAAAUUGUGGAUUACUCGAGGGUCGCGUAGCGACCCGAAGAGUAAUCUAGAUUAUUAG